UCUAUCAACAUUUUCUACAUACAUUUUCUCAAAACCCCAGUCAUGGCCGCCGCCCUCCUCGUCGGACCACCGGAGAUCCAUCAACAACCACCUAAAUUCACCUCCGCCGCCGCCCCUACCGCCACGGGAGAUGCAUUCAUGGUCGAAGAUUUUAACAAAACAGCAACGCUGAGAGGCUUGACGGAAAACAACUCUCCGACGCUUCUGACGUCGGGAAAUCCAUGUUUGGAUUUCUUCUUCCACGUCGUGCCAGACACGCCGCCCGGAGAAGUUGCCGAUCGCCUGAAGCUCGCGUGGGAUCAUGAUCCGCUCAAGGCUCUCAAACUCAUCUGCAAUCUCCGCGAAGUCAGAGGCACCGGCAAAUCUGACAGAGAGGGCUUCUACACCACCGCGCUGUGGCUGCACCAGCACCACCCCAAAACCCUAGCCGGCAACGCGGCCGCUUUCACUGACUUCGGCUAUUUCAAGGAUUUGCUCGAGAUCCUCUUCCGUAUCCUUGAAGGAGCCGAGGCGCGAAAAUCGGCCAAACGGAUUGGAAUUUAUUGGCAAAUUUAUAUGCUUAACGGCACGGGGAAGAAAAGAAGAAUUGGGAAGAAAAGAAGAAAUGAGGAGAAGAAGAGAAGAAGAAAGGAGGCAUUUAAAGCAAUGGCGGAGUUUCGCGGUGGGAAGAAUUCGACGCCUGAAGAGAGGAGGAUUGAGAGAGCGAGGAGAGUGGUGGAGAGAUUCAAUCACGACGCCGAUUUCCAGUUCCUGCACAAUUGCAUUUCCGAUCUCUUCGCGCAGCUGCUGAGAUCAGAUAUGGAGAUGUUGAAAUUGGGGGAAUUGAACAAAAUCAGCCUCGCCGCGAAAUGGUGCCCCUCUCUCGAUUCGUCGUUCGACAGAAUCACGCUGCUGUGUGAAACCAUUGCGAAGAAGGUGUUUCCGGUGGCGGAGUUUCCUGAGUAUGAAGGGGUGGAAGAGGCGCAUUACGCGUAUCGAGUGAGGGAUCGGCUGAGGAAGGAAGUGCUCGUGCCGCUGCGGAAGGCGUUGCAGCUGCCGGAGGUUUACAUCGGCGCCAACGAUUGGGGAUCUCUGCCUUACAACAGAGUCGCUUCCGUCGCGAUGAAAACAUACAAGACUCAAUUCUACAACCAUGACGAAAAAAGGUUUAAAGAGUAUCUCCAGAAAGUGAAGUCCGGCGAAGCCACUAUAGCCGCCGGCGCAUUGCUUCCUCAUGAGAUAAUUGAAUCGUUGAAUGAUGGAGACGAAGGCGAAGUGGCGGAGCUGCAGUGGAGGAGAAUGGUGGAUGACAUGGCGAAGAUCGGGAAAUUGAGCAAUUGCCUAGCAAUCUGUGAUGUUUCAGGGAGUAUGGAAGGGAUUCCGAUGAAGGUAUCGGUGGCGCUAGGGAUUUUGGUAUCGGAAUUGAGCGAGGAGCCAUGGAAGGGGAAGCUCAUCACUUUCAGCAGAAAUCCAAAGCUUCAUAAAGUGGAAGGGGAGAGCUUGAAAUCGAAGUCAGAGUUUGUUGAACGUAUGGAAUGGGGAAUGAACACUGAUUUCCAGAAGGUGUUUGAUGUGAUACUUGAAGUGGCGGUGAAAGGGAAGCUGAAGGCGGAGGAGAUGAUAAAGAGGUUGUUUGUGUUCAGUGAUAUGGAAUUCGAUCAGGCAUCAUCGAAUCCAUGGGAGACGGACUAUGAGGCUAUAGUGAGGAAGUUUAAGGAGAAGGGAUACGGAGAAUGUGUGCCGGAGAUUGUGUUUUGGAAUUUGAGGGAUUCGAUGGCGACGCCUGUGGCGGGGAACCAGAAAGGGGUGGCGCUAGUGAGCGGAUACUCGAAGAAUUUGAUGAAAAUAUUUCUAGAAAAGGGAAGAAUAAUAGAUCCAGUGGAGGUGAUGGAUGCUGCAAUUGCUGGAGAAAAAUAUCAGAAACUGGUUGUCUUGGAUUGAGAUGUUUUUAUCAACUGUGUUUGGAGAUUUUCCAAACUUAGCAAAUGACCUCUA